AUGAAAAUUCUUACUAAGGAAGAAGAGGAUGAACAUAAUCGCGUCACACUUAAAGGUGGUUUAAAAGGUGUUAUGGUCGGUCUGGGUGUUUCAUUGGGAUUUUCUCUUGUUGCUCAACGUUACUCUCAUUUUUAUCAAAAAUUAACGUUACCACUCAAAGCCUUUUUGGUUUCUUCUGGAGCAACUGCAGCCUGUAUUAUUAGUGCAGAAAGAGCUGGUUUGAAUUAUGAGAAAAAAAAAUAUGGUUAUUAUCAGCCUAUCAAAGAUUCACAUCCAACACUUUCAACUACUCAGAUAAUUAAAGAGUUCAUAAGUGAAAAUCGAUAUAGUAUU